AUUUCUCCCGAGGGCAAUAUUCGUUGAUAUUCAAUACCCCCCAAAAAAAUAUAGAAAUCGACCUCUUCUAUGAUAACUAUGGCAAGCGUGAGCAUCAACCGAAGUUUUCUGCAGACAUUACGAAGAAUUUCGGGUAUUUUGGGAAGAAAUUCUGGAAGAACUCGCAGUGUUUCCUCGACGGCGAUAGAUAACCAAGAAAUCGACCCGGAGAAACAAGUUGAAGAACAGCAGAAACGUAAUGAAGAGGUGGGCCAGUUCACUGAACUGGUUCGAGAUUUCCUUGACCCGAAAGAUUUCUAUGAUAUUCUUCGAGUCCAUGGGGUUGACUUCUAUUGUGGAGUCCCUGAUUCAUUGUUGAAAGACUUCUGUGCCUAUGUGACAGCCAUUGCGAAACCUGAGGAUCAUGUAAUUACAAGUAACGAGGGAAGCGCGGUUGCAUUGGCUGCUGGAUACCACAUGGCAACACACAAACCAGCCCUUGUUUAUUUGCAGAAUUCAGGUCUUGGCAACAUUGUCAAUCCAUUGAUGUCCAUGGCAGUCCCUGCAGUCUAUAGUAUACCCAUGUUGCUACUGGUUGGCUGGCGUGGCGAGCCUGGCAAACGUGAUGAACCUCAGCAUAUACACCAAGGCAAUGCCACACCAGGGUUGCUAGCUUCUUGUGGAAUUCCCUUCCAAGUUUUACCAGAUUACCAAGAAGGAGCAGAACAGGCCAUCUACACAGCCAAAAAGUACAUGCAGACAUCAAAAGGGCCAUACUGCUUGCUGGUUAAAAGACAGACCUUCCUACCAUACAAAUUAACACCUCCAGAUGACAGAUACACGCUAACUCGAGAAGAAUGUCUGAAGAGCAUUGUGGAUAACCUGCAUGACAAAGAUGUUGUUGUGGCAACCACAGGCAUGUUGUCUCGCGAGCUCUUCGAGUACAGAGUUUCCAAAUGUCAGGGACACGAGAAAGAUUUCCUGUGCGUAGGAAGCAUGGGUCAUGCCUCAGCCAUUGCGCUGGGCAUUGCCAAAAGAAAGAGGAAUAGACAGGUGUUCUGCCUUGAUGGUGAUGGAGCUAUGCUGAUGCACAUGGGAAAUAUUGCAACAAUCGGGCAACAGAAUCUGCCAAAUUACAAACACGUCGUGAUUAAUAACGGAGCUCAUGAUUCCGUUGGAGCUCAGCCAACUGGUGCACAUGAUUUGGAGAAGUUCAGCAUUCCUGAUCUGGCAAAAAGUUGUGGAUAUAAAAUGGCAAUUCGAGCUGAAACUGCGGAGGAAAUAUCAGCGGGUGUAAUGGCUUUACGGGAAAACGAUGGUCCAGCUUUACUUGAGAUCAUGUGCAACGUUGGUUCAAGAAAAAAUCUCGGUCGACCAACCAGAACACCGACAGAAAACAAAGCUGAUUUUAUGCAUUUUCUUGCCAUUGAAAGAUAGUCAUAGGACAUGAAAAUAAAUAGAAUUUAGAAAGGUCGUAUAAAUCCUGAUAGAAUUAAACGAGACAUAAUGGUGUAUUAAAAUUUGAUACGUCGUCUGUACAAAACUCGAAA